UCCAGAUCCAGAUCUAGAGCGACCUCGACUUUUUGACGUGAGCGCGACCAUGCCGAGAUCUUUUCUGGUGAAGAGCAAGCGGGCGCACAGCUACCACCAACCACGCUGCCCGGAGGACGAGGAAAUCCGACUGGACGCUCUGCUGACACACGUGUGUGCGGGGAUCCACGGUGGGUCGGAGUACAGCCGGGACGUGGAGAAGAACGUGGGUAGAUGUUCUCCUGAAGGAAGUGAGGUGUGCACCGCCGAACAUGAGGCCCAACACUCGCCUCUGAGCUGUGAGGGCAGCGUUUGUGACCCGCCCGCUCGUUAUACGGAUACGAUGAGACCCAGAUCUUCAUCUUCCUCUUCAGGUAUGGAUAUGUGUUAGAGGCACAGGGGGUGGACGACAGAACCCUUUUCUAAUUGUUUUACUCUUUAAACAGAUUUGGACGAUCAUCGUUUAUCACCACUGAACUUCCGCUCCUGCGCCUGGACCCAGUCAGGCCGGCCAGACCUCAGACGCCUCGUCGGGCCCUUCCACGUGGCUCCCGUGGCCCCUCAGACCCAAUCAUUAGGCAUCUACGGAGCCACAGAGAGGACGGCCGAGGCCUUUUUCUCCCAGCAGUCCUGUUCUGAAGGGUUCUACAGGAAGGACUACACGGGCCUGACCAAAGACCUGCUGGAGCAUCACACGAGGGAAUAUUACUCCAGCUUCAAGGUCAUCACAAAGGUGCCCGGGAUGGAAACCUACCCCGACGUGAUGUGCACACAGAUCCAACCAAACGACCUGUACAAAUGUGUCAAGUGUAUGAAGGUCUUUUCGACGCCCCACGGGCUGGAGGUUCACGCCCGGCGCUCACACAGCGGGACGAGACCUUUCGCCUGUGAACUGUGCGGGAAAACGUUUGGCCACGGCGUCAGUCUGGAGCAACACAAAGUCGUCCAUUCACAGGAGAGAAUGUUCAGCUGCAAGAUCUGUGGGAAAAGCUUCAAGAGGUCGUCCACUCUGUCCACCCAUCUGCUCAUCCACUCGGACACGCGGCCGUACCCCUGUCAGUACUGCGGCAAGAGGUUCCACCAGAAAUCCGACAUGAAGAAACACACCUUCAUCCACACGGGUGAGAAGCCACAUAAAUGUCAGGUGUGUGGAAAAGCGUUCAGUCAGAGCUCCAACCUGAUCACACACAGCCGCAAACACACCGGGUUCAAACCCUUCGGCUGCGGCUCGUGCGGCAAGGGCUUCCAGCGCAAAGUGGACCUGAGGAGGCACAAAGAGACGCAGCACGGACUGAAAUGAGAGCCGGUCGUCUCGAACCUCGCGAUGAAACACUAACACUACCGGCAUGCAGAGCAGCAGAUCCAUGCAGAUCCACACUGUACAUCACCGUGGACUCAUGACGUCACUUCAGAUUUAUUUAUAAACUCUUCUGUUUGAAUGUUUGUU